UGAGCAGCAUUUCCUUGCAGCUGCAGUCAUCGGCCGGCCCUUGGUAGCAAAUCAUCUAUUGAUUGAACAAUGAAAUAUUUUUCUACGUUUCUUUUUAUUCUCGCGUGCUACGAAACUAGUGCCCACGAUGGACAACUACCGGACUACAUGAAGCCAUGCGACAUAAGCAAAGAAUUUCAGGAGUGCGUCCGAAGUCGACUUGACGAUGUGCUGCCUAAAUUCGCCAAAGGGAUUCCAGAUCUGAAAGUGCCGUCCAUAGAUCCCGUCGACUUGAACAAUAUAGUUAUCGACCAGAACAACCUCAAAAUAACUUUCGAAGAUACCAAGCUGUACGGCUUAAGCACUGUCAAGAUUUCAGAGUUCAAGGUGAAAACUGUAGGAGAAGCGAAGUUCGUCUUAGGUUUUAUUGGUAACCUGAGCCUCACUGCGAACUACACAGCCGAUGGCCGCAUUCUAAUACUGCCCAUAAAGGGAGAGGGAGACUCUACAAUUAACGUCACAAACGUGGAAGUGACCAUCUCGGCGCAGAUAAAGAACGUGACGGACAAAGACGACCACGCCCACCUAAAGCUCGUCAAACCCUCCUACAAAUAUGAGAUAGAAUCCACCACCUUCGAUCUGCAGAACUUGUUCAAUGGGAAUAAGCAAUUAGCGGAAACUACACUGAAAUUCGCAAACGAAAACUGGAAACAACUGAUGGACGACCUCGCGCCGUCGGCGAUCAAGCAGAUAGUCACCACCAUCAUCAAAGCGAUCAACAAAUUCUUCUCCAAGAUCCAAGCGAACAAAAUGAUAAAAGGAUUCAAUGAAGCACCACCAUUUUUGUAAACUAAUAUAGAAUAAUAAAAUUGCA